AUGGCUGAAAUAGAUCAAAAUGUGGCUGCUAUCAGAAAUGCUGUCUCGUAUGUUAGAUCGCAUACAAACAGGUUGAGAUCUUUUGAGCUUAAGGUUGACUCGGGUAAGAUAUCAAGAGGAAGCUUGCCUUUGGAUGUCAAGACAAGGUGGAAUUCAACAUACCUGAUGUUGACAACAGCUCAGAAGUUCAAGGUGGCAUUUGACAAGAUGGUGGCAGAAGACAAGCUCUACAACGACUAUUUCUGUGAGAUAGAAGCUGCUUCAACUUCUCUUAAUUCCCAUAAGUGUUACGAAGAGUUGGUCACCAUUGCAACAAAUCUGAUGUCACUCAUCAACAGCUAUGAUCCUGAGUUGAAGUCUAAGGCAACAGAAAUUUUGAAAAAAUUCGACAAGUAUUGGGAUGGUCUCAAGAAUUUGAACAAGAUGUUGAUAGUUGCAACAGUCUUUGAUCCGAGCAAGAAGUUGGAGCUUGUGAAGUUGUGCUUAGAGGGAUUGUAUGGAAAUGACACGGUCGAGUAUAAUGAGAUGUUUGACUCCUUGAUCACUGUCUUGAGAAGUUUGUUCAAGGAAUACAGUACAAGAUUAGGUGGCGGUACUGAUCCAGAUGACCAAUCAUCUCAGCCUAACAAAACAUCAGAGUCUUCUCGAGAGCAGUCUAUUGAAAGAAUGGAGAUAGUUGAUGAUUGUGUUGGCUACAAGCGGAUUGAUGUUAGUUACAAACACAAGCUGAAUGAGAUUGGGGUUAUAGAGAAAAGGGAUGAGUUAGAAACAUACCUCAGAGAAAGUGUGGAAAACCCGCAUUUGAUGAUUGGAAUGGAGUAUGAUGUUCUGACGUACUGGAGGACGAAUUCAGCCAGGUUUCCAGUGUUAUCAGAGAUUACUCGAGAUGUUUUGGCGAUGCAGUGGAUGAAACAAGAUCUGAAGAUGGAGUCAAGACUGCCUUCAAAUGCACAAGUUCUUGAAGAUCUUGCGGAGGAUGACAAACUCGAAAGAGAGAAUGGAGAUGCAACGGUCUUGGAGUAA